UUGUUCAUUAAUGUCUUGUACAAGCAAAAAUUCACUACCUUUGAAAUGUAUUAAUAUGCUCAUUAAUUGUAUUAUAACAAUACUGCUUUUUUGUACAGCUAUUGUGGUUGACAUGUAGAAGGUGUUGUAUUCCAACACCUGAACAGAAACACGUCAGAUGCGUUUGUUGAGCACCAAAGACUGAGAGAGGGGGGCUUGAAUAGAAAAAGAAUGUAUAUUGGACAAGGCGUUUAUUAGAGAGCAUUUGCCAGAAUAAACUUGAAAAGUAAUAGUCAUUGUAAAUAAACAAGUCAGUCUAUAGCUUGUAUUUUAAGUUUUUUAACCUACCUGACUGCUUGUGAAAUUAACAGUGGAAACAUGUGAAAUCAACUAUGGAAACCAUGACGUUGCUAUCUUUUAGUUUGGUCUGCGCAUGGCCAGAAUUUUACACGUCCAGAAACCGCCAUCUUUGAAAUUUUUGUGAAGUAAUAAAUUGUGUUCUUCGGUGAAAUUGAAUAGGUUAAAAAUAUUAUUAGAAAGUAAAAAUAGUUAAUGUUGAAUUUUAUGAAGAAAUGGAAAGCGAUGAUUCUGUUGCACUGGAGUCAUCCGCGCAAGCUCUGGUUAGUUUGAGAGGGAAUCAACCCUCUCUGCGAACAUCUUAUGGAAGCGAAACACAAACAGUGGAUGGUCUACACUUAACAGAUUAUACGAUGACCGCAGUAUCGUUCGGUUCUCCGCGAAGAAAAUCACGGAGACCAGUGAAGCUUGAAAGUUACACUUUUAUAGGUUCUCCGAGUAAACAAACAGCCACAGAGCUGAUGUCUAAAUUAAAAAAUUUGUUGAAGCUACCAAAGGCCUUCAAAUGGUGCUAUUUUGAAUGGUUUUAUUCUAGUAUUGAUAGAUCGCUCUUACUAACUGAUAAUGAUUUUUAUGUGUGCAUCAAGGAGCAUUUUCCAAAUUUAAACGUUAAGAAACUGCGUAGGAUCGAGUGGAGAGAAGUAAGAAGGUUGAUGGGUAAGCCACGUCGGUGUUCACAAUCAUUUUUUAACGAAGAAAGAUCUGCGCUAGAGGAUAAAAGGCAGAAAAUUCGUCUUCUUCAGCAAAGGAAAGUGACUGAAUUAUCAAAAUUCAAAGAUCUACCAAAGGAAAUCCCAGUGCCUCUAGUGAUUGGCACUAAAGUUUCAGCUCGGUUACACAAACCUCUUAGUGGUAUUUAUACUGGUCAAAUUGAUGCUGUUGACAGCACUGCAUCAACUUAUAGGGUAAAAUUUGAUAUCCCAGAACUUGGGACUCAGUCAGUCAUGGACAUUGACAUUCAAAGCAAUGAAGAGGAAGAAACAAUGCCAAUUUCGUCUUUUGAAUUAAAAGAACGUCCAAGGCUUGCUAACUUUUCUCAUAUAAAUUCUGUUAGACAUAAACUGCCUGCGAUUCCAGACUCAUUAGUAAACAAAUCGCCAACUAGAGCUCAACUACAGGAGGUACUAGAAAAGGGUAAUCAUACAGUGGGUGGUUUUCCAAUCAAGUUUCUUGCUCUUGUGACCAGAUUAUCCAAAGUUUUAACUUCAAAAAGAGAAUUUGUUGACAAAUUAAAAAACUUUAACAGUGAUGCUGAAAAACUUAAAUCUUACCAGAUACCCAUAGAGCGUGAUUUUCAACGAAAAUAUGCUGAGGUAGUCUUAGAGCUAGAAAGACUUAACACAGAACUUAACAAAUAUUUGAUGCAAGUCAAUGAGUAUUGUGAAACAAUGAAUUCACAGCAAGAAGGGCAGUGUUCAGAUCGGUCUGAUGGAUUACAGAAGUCACCAAAAAAGCUGGCCAAGUUUAUGGUUGACCAAUUAUCUUGUGAAAUCGAUCAAGAUGUACAAAGUGGCUCCACUCUUCGCUUGAUUUCUGGACUAACAUCAUUAUUAUUCCAGGUGAAGGUGCUGGCAGAAAGUGACCUUAAUUCUUUUGAAUUAAAAGGUCUUGUUGACAGUCUUCAAGACUUGAAGAAAAUGAUUGACCCUGUCAAUGCCAGCUCAUUUCAAAACAAUGUAGAGAUACAUAUUGCACACAUACAAUCAGGACUUAGCCAAAUGGGAAACUUAAAAGCUUUCUCAACAAAUCCCUUUUAACUGUUUUUGUUUUGCUUAUCAAAAAUGAUCAAGAAACCUUACAAAAACCACAUGCUUUGCUAUUAUAAAGGAUUUUAGUUAUAGUAGUGAUUUAGCAAAAUGUUUUUAACCACACAAGUACCCUUUAUACCCCAGUAAAUUAAAUAUUUAAAUAAAUAACAAAUUCCAUUA